AUGCGAAUGCGUUCCAGCGACACGCGGCACCAUGCUGAUGCCAGUGCGGUGAGGAGGGCGUGCAGGUGGGUGCAGUGCGGCCUGCAGGUGGGUGCAGUGCGGCCUGCAGGUGGGUGCAGUGCGGCCUGCAGGUGGGUGCAGUGCGACCUGCUUCCCAUCAUUGAAGGCAGAUUGCCGUUCAGCGAUGAGGGCAGCCUUACCAGAAAGGUGAGAGGGGUUACCAGAGAGGUGAGAGGGGUUACCAGAGAGGUGAGAGGGGUUACCACCAGAGAGGUGAGAGGGGUUACCACCAAAGAGGUGAGAGGGGUUACCACCAGAGAGGUGAGAGGGGUUACCACCAGAGAGGUGAGAGGGGUUACCACCAGAGAGGUGAGAGGGGUUACCACCAGAGAGAUGCCGCCCAUCAGGGAAGCUGUUGCCAUAGCUGCUGAGGUGUGGCAUGCGGUGCUGAGUGUGGCCAGUGAGGUGCAUUGGGAGCUGGAGUUCCAUAUUAAUCACCUCGCUGAGGAAUUCUCAGGAAGGGCCGCGUGUUACAAGAUGGACAUUGACGAAAAUCCCGAGACGGCCACGCUUCUCCGCAUCCAAAGCGAGACGCGCCGAUCCCCAUACCCCUUUCCCUUCCCACAUCCCCUUUCCCUAACCCCAUCCGCCUUCCCCUCCCCCAUCCCCCUUCUCUUUCCCCAUCCCCCUUCUCUUUCCCCAUCCCCCUUCUCUUUCCCCAUCCCCCUUCUCUUUCCCCAUCCCCCUUCUCUUUCCCCAUCCCCCUUCUCUUUCCCCAUCCCCCUUCCCUUCCCGCAUCCCCUUUCCCUUUCCCCAUCCGCCUACCCUUUCCCCAUCCCCUUCUCUUUCCCUAUCCCCCUUCCCUUCCCCCAUCCCCCUUCCCUUCCCCCAUCCCCCUUCUCUUACCACAUCCCCUUUCCCUUCCCCACACCCUCCUUUCCCUUCCCCCAUCCCCCAUUCCCUUUACCCAUCCCCCAUCCCUUCCCUGCAUCCUCCUUUCCCUUCCCCCAUCCCCCUUCCCUUCCCCCAUCCCCCUUCCCUUCCCUCAUCCCCCUUUCCCUCCCCCUCUGCUAUCACCUUCUUUUCUCUUUCUGCUACCACCUCCCUUCCCCCUCUGCUGUCACCUCUCAUCCCGUGAUACCACCUCCCUUCCCCCUCUGCUGUCACCUCUCAUCCCGUGCUACCACCUCCCUUCCCCCUCUGCUGUCACCUCUCAUCCCGUGCUACCACCUCCCUUCCCCCUCUGCUGUCACCUCUCAUCCCGUGCUACCACCUCCCUUCCCCCUCUGCUGUCACCUCUCAUCCCGUGAUACCACCUCCCUUCCCCCUCUGCUGUCACCUCUCAUCCCGUGCUACCACCUCCCUUCCCCCUCUGCUGUCACCUCUCAUCCCGUGAUACCACCUCCCUUCCCCCUCUGCUGUCACCUCUCAUCCCGUGCUACCACCUCCCUUCCCCCUCUGCUGUCGCCUCUCAUCCCGUGCUACCACCUCCCUUCCCCCUCUGCUGUCACCUCUCAUCCCGUGCUACCACCUCCCUUCCCCCUCUGCUGUCACCUCUCAUCCCGUGCUACCAGCUCCUCCCAUGAAGCCAACACUUCGCCAACCCUUUCACCUUUUUCCCCUGCUUUCACACACUAUUCCGCCAAGCAAUCACUUCCCCAAUUCCUCCCUGCCUCCUUUCUUUCCCCAUGCCAUGCCUCCCCUCGCUUUCCUCCCAUGCCUCAGCUCUGUUUUCCCACUUGUCUCCCCUCUGCUUCCCCCCUUUCUCCCCCCUGUUGA